AUGAUUGAAAAGGCAGAGGAAAAACGCAAGCAGAUGAUCGAAUUAGGAAUUCCUUUUGUAAAAGACUCCGGGAAGGAACACCCUAAUGCCAAUUAUACUAGUAGUAUAUUAACCCCAUUGAUAACCACGAUUAAAUCUCGCAUGAGUUUAUUCGAUUCGAGCGGUGGUGACAUCCCUUUUGAUUUUGAAGGCGUGAGAGUCAAAUCCGAGAUUAUUUCCAAAAAACACGAUAGGGAUGAGUGGCAACAGUCAUUGCAAAUAAAAGAGGAGAAUAAUAGUAAGAAAAUUUGUACAAGGGAAUAG